AUGGCUUUAACACUAGGGAAAAAACUUAUCACAGUCAUGUUGUUGGUUUUAGGGACUUGGAUAUCUAAAUCCUUGUCCCGUACAUUACUUGAAGAAUCCUUUGUUGAGAGACAUGAGCAAUGGAUGACUCAGCAUGGACGUAACUACGUAGAUGAUGCUGAGAAGAAAAGGCGUUUGAAGAUAUUCAAGGACAAUGUGGAGUAUAUAGACAAAGUCAAUAAUCAAGGGAAUCGCACUUACAGGUUAAGUGUCAAUGAAUUUGCAGACUUAACGAAUGAAGAAUUCAUUGCCACUCAUACUGGAUACAAGAUUUCCACCCAACCAAGUUCAUCACCUAAAAACACUUUUAGAUAUGGAAACCUAAGCAGAAUUCCAAUGACUAUGGAUUGGAGAGAGAAAGGAGCUGUAACCCCCAUUAAGAGCCAAGGCCAGUACUGUGGAAGUUGCUGGGCCUUUUCAGCAGUAGCAGCAGUAGAGGGGAUCUAUCAGAUCAAAACUGGCAACUUGAUCUCCCUUUCGGAGCAACAACUAGUGGACUGUGUCGUGGAAGGCAAUUCUGGGUGCAAUGGUGGUGGUGUCGUGAGUUAUGCCUUUACAUAUAUAAUACAAAACCAAGGACUAGCCACUGAAGAAAAUUACCCAUAUGAGGCUAUGGAUGGAACUUGUGACCAAGAAAAGGCAUCUAUUAACGCAGCUCGCAUAAGUGAAUUUGUAAUCUUACCUUCCAAUAAUGAGUUAGCAAUACUACAAGCAGUGGCCACACAGCCAGUUUCAGUUUCCCUCGACGCUACUGGUCAUGACUUGCAGUUUUAUGCCAGCGGAGUUUUCAGCGGACAAUGUGGGACCAAUUUAAGUCAUGAUGUUACUGCAAUUGGGUAUGGAACCAGUGAAGAUGGUACCAAGUAUUGGUUAAUUAAGAAUUCAUGGGGCACCAAUUGGGGUGAGAAUGGCUAUAUGAGGAUUCAAAGAGAUAGUGGAGCUCCAGAAGGUCUUUGUGGCAUUGCCAUGCAAGCUUCCUAUCCAGUUGUUUAG